AGAGAAAAUACACCCAGAAGCUCACGGCGGAUCACUGGAAGCCUCAUAAGCAAACGGCUGCGUGUGGAAGCAUCCGACGAUGGAAAGCACCAACUUUACGCACGGCUCCGUUUCCACAAACCACACGCUUCUUCAGCAUUCUUACCCAAGCGGCAUGGAGACGGCCAUCACUUUGCCCAUUUUAAUGUUUGUUGGCGGCGCUGUGGGAAAUUUAAUUGCAAUCAUCGUCCUGUCAGUGUCGAAGAUGGAGCGAAAAUCCUCUGCGUUCUACACGCUGGUGUGCGGCCUGGCGGUCACAGACCUGCUGGGCACGUGUCUGGCCAGUCCUCUCAUCAUCGCCAACUACCGUGACCAGCACGUGCUUCAAGACCAGCGCCUGUGCGACUUCCAGUCUUUCGUGUUGCUGUUUUUCGGUCUAACCGGACUGAGCAUCAUCUGCGCCAUGGCCGCGGAGCGCUACUUGGCGAUCUGCUGCCCGUAUACGUACCUGCGGUGGGGAGUGGACCGCUGCUUUGCGCGGAAGUUCCUUUUCUUCAUUUACAUCAGUCACGUCCUCUUCUGCAGCCUCCCGAUGAUGGGCAUGGCGAGCAGCAAGCUGCAGCCGACCAGCACCUGGUGCUUCAUCGACUGGACGAUGCACGAAGCUCCGGCCGCCGUGUACUCCUUCCUUUACGGCUCCGUCAGCCUGGUGCUCAUCCUGGGAACCAUCCUGCUCAACCUGUUGGUGUGCGGCGCGCUGCUGCUGAUGCGCCGGAGGAGCGCGCACCGGUGCGUCUUCAGAGCCAGCGUUCAGGAGCACUGGAGGGCGCUGUCCUCGGCCGCAGAGACGCAAAUGAUCGCAGUGCUGGUGAUGACCUCCGCCGUGGUUCUGGCCUGUUCGGCCCCUUUAGUGGUCCGAGUGUUUGCCAACCAGUUAAUGCAGAAACUGGAUGACAAAGCUGAUCUGGCUGCCAUCCGAAUUGCCUCGGUUAACCCCAUCCUGGACCCCUGGAUCUACAUCCUCCUCCGGAGGUCUCUGUUUCGGCGGAUAUUGAAUUACUCAAAACAAGUCGGCAGCACUCGCAGAAAUUCCCCCACAACAGCCCACAGAAAUCUGUUUUACACUAAUAGCAUGAGGGACAGCCAUGUGCUGGACGAGCUGCUGUCCAACAGCAGUAUGGUCACUCAGCUGCCCGCCACCAUCACCUUCACGCCGUACGACAUCACACAUAAAGACACUCCACUCUGAACACACACCUCAAGAAGGCUCGGUGCUUCUGGCCUCAGUGGGCAGCGAGCUGAUGUUGGGCUGCAGACACUGUUUCAGAGCCAUCGCUGGUGCAGUAACACCCAUGUGGCCUCAGAGGACCUGCACGUCUCCGGUGAGAUUAUUUAUUAGAUUACAUGCAACAAACUCUUCCUGCAGCAGCAGAGGACUCCCAGUCCUGCUGAUCAUCUCACGUCCAGACUGAAUUAGCCAAAUGAACUACGUAGGAACAGCAGACGGACAGAUGUGAUUAGUUUGAGGGUGUGGAGAAUGUGAUCGCUGAGCGGUUUGUGAGGUUCAUCUUGUUUACACACCUCAAUGUUCACAUACACAAACAUAAAUCUUUAAAAAGGCUGACCACAAAUGAAAAGCAGAACAUCCCAACUCACAGCGUUACUAUAUACGUCCCAAUACACACUCGACAACAUGUUUUCUCUGAACAUUCCUCCAAUAUAUAUCAAUCAGUGCCUAAUCAAUACAAAAAUAAAACUUAAAAAACACAUUUCUUUCUUUAAGGUCAUUGCUGCAAUUCAUCAUGACCUCAGACUGCUGCAGCUUCUGAUCUGUUUACAGAAACAACAUUCUAGAUCUCUUUGGAAUCAAAUUAUAUAAACGUACUGUAUGAUCAUGAAAA